UGCCCUACGCGAGUAAGCAACCCGUUUUCUAUCUCUUUCCAGUGAGUAUCGUGCUCGCGCUUGAAGCGGUAGGCUACUUCCUUUACGCACAAACAUUAACAACUCAUCUUUUUACCGAUGGCUGCCGCCGCACCACCGCCUCCGCCGACUCCAGCGCCGGUGGAGGCAUUGCCGAAGUCGACGCCAGCAGGCCACACUCUGUUCUCCCGCAUACGUCUGGCCACCCCUUCAGACGUUCCUCACAUCCACAAGCUCGUCCAUCAGAUGGCCGUGUUCGAGCACCUAACCCAUCAAUUCGCCGCCACCGAGUCCGCUCUCUCCUCCACUCUCUUCAAUUCUCAGGCCUUCCACUCCUUCACCAUCUUCAUCCUCGAAGUUUCCCCCAACCCCUUUCCGGAAUCGACCGUCAAUCCCUUGUACAAACCGAAGGUUCAGGUCUUGAAUCUGGAGCUCCCGAUUGAGGAUCCAGAGAGAGAGAGGUUCAAAGCGGAGGGGGAUGAUGUUGUGGUUGCUGGAUUUGUGCUCUUCUUUCCUAAUUACUCCACGUUUCUGGCUAAGCCAGGGUUCUAUGUGGAGGAUUUGUUUGUGAGAGAGUGUUACAGAAGGAAAGGGUUCGGAAAAAUGCUGCUUUCGGCGGUGGCGAAGCAAGCGGUGGAGAUGGGGUACGGGAGAGUGGAGUGGUCAGUGCUUGAUUGGAACGUGAACGCGAUUAAGUUUUACGAGGAGAUGGGGGCCAAGAUCUUGCAGGAAUGGCGGAUUUGCAGGUUAACUGGUGAGGCUCUCGAAGCUUACGGCCCCUGCUGACUGAGAUUUUUCAUCAAUUUCUGCACUUUGCUCUUUGAUUUUUCUUUUCGUUCUGGUUUGUUCACUGUGAUCUUUGGCCACUGGUUUGUUAUUAUUAAUGUAACGUGUAUUUCCCCCCAAAAAAAAAUCCAUAAUUUAUUUCAA